AUGGGUGCAGCUCCAGCGUUCUACAAACCCGAAGGGGAAGUUUUUUACAAUGACGGAAGAGAAGAUGCAUUACUAAAGUUCAUCACCACUCACCCCCAGCAAGCCGAGAUCAAAGGCUCGCCCGAGGCCGUGCUCGCCGCGAUCGACGACUUCGGGCACUCGCAAGACUUUCUCAUGACUGUAGGCGAGUACAAGGGGAAGAUUGUCAGCGACCUUAUCGCGAAGGAAAAGCCGCAGACUGUGCUGGAGGUCGGUGGGUAUGUCGGGUACUCUGCGAUCAUGUUCGGGGACGCGCUCCGCAAAGCCGGGGGCCAGAAAUACGUUAGCCUGGAGAUGAACGCCAAGUUUGCGGCCAUUGCCAGGGCGCUGGUGGACGUUGCCGGGUUGAGUGGAUUCGUGGAGAUCGUGGAGGGACCAUCUCGCGAGUCUCUUCGGAAGAUUGCCGCGAACAGCAAGGGGUCCAAGGCGUGGGAUAUGAUCUUCUUGGACCAUUCGAAGAUUUCGUACCUGAAUGAUCUGAAGCUUUGUGAGGAAUUGGGUAUUGUGGCCCCGGGGUCUAUUGUUGUGGCAGACGACAUGUAUGUCCCGGGCAACCCGCAGUACUCUGAAUAUGUGAGGGCGCCAGUGCAGUCCAAGGUCGAAGCGAGGAAGCCAUUUGUCGGCUGCGUGAGCGAUGGUGGAUUGUCGUUGGGCAACCCGUAUCUUGUCUAUGAGUCUACGAUCUUCGAGGGACUCCAGCCGAGUGGAUUACCAGAUGCAGUGGAAGUGUCGUACUGCGUGGACGCUGUUGGUUCUGACUAG